UCAUGGUUUGCAGUGACGAAUAGUUGAAUUAGCUAUUAUAUUUAGUGAAUUUCUACGCCUUCUAAUAGAAUAAGUGUAUCGAAUAACUUGUGUUGUAGUAAUAAAUAUCGUUAGAAUAAUGACGGACGUUGCAAAAAAGGUGCAGGAGUACAAAGAUUCUCUCAAGCAGAAGGCCGAGCAUUUAAUAAUAAAAGGCUUCCCCGAAAAGAUAGUGAAGUUGAACGAACUUCUCGAAACGUCAAAUUUCCAAAAUCGAGAUUUCGCUGAUGUUCAUCAGGACUUAAACAUUCCAGUACCCCCGCCAGCCGCCUCCCAGAAUGAGCCACAAGCCAAGAGACCCCGAGUGGACUCCUCAGAAACCUCCAGUCAGUCGACACUCGACGGGACCCGAGUGUACGCCUUGCCGAACGGCUCCGUUCCAUGUAACAAGCCACUGAGCGACCUCAUACAUCUCGUUAAACCACACAUUCGAGAGCUAGUUGAGGAUUCCAAUUUGUUGAAAAUGUGGAUCUCGUUCAUGAUCCCAAAGAUCGAGGACGGCAACAACUUCGGCGUGUCGAUACAAGAGGACACGCUGGCGGAGGUCCAGUCGGUGGAGUCCGAGGCCGCCGCCUUCUUCGACCAGAUCUCCAGAUACUUCAUCUCCAGGGCGAAGAUCGUGUCUAAAGUCGCCAAAUAUCCACAUAUUGAUGACUACAGAAGAGCAGUUAGAGAGCUGGACGAGAAGGAGUACCUGUCGCUGUGGCUGGUGAUGUGCGAGAUCCGCAACCGCUACUGCUCGCUGCACGACAUCGUCAUCAAGAACCUCGAGAAGAUCAAGAAGCCGCGCUCCUCCAACGCCGAGAGCCUCUACUAGACUACACUACACCCCUACCGUACUAUAACAAUAACACACCGUUUAUAUGACCCUUUUUAUAAAACAUGCCAUGUUUUCUAUAGCAAACACAUAUGUACAGUCACGGCAUAAAGAAGUGAUUAUUUCUGUAUCUUGUCGCUUUUAUUCGUUUGACAUUUCAAACAAGGCGUUAAUAUGACAAGGCAAGGUACAGAAAUCAUUAAUCGUUGUAACUCCAUACAUUAGUAAAUGCAAGCGUCAACUAGCAUAAAUUAUCAGUACCAUUACUCGACACUAGGUGCCAACAGUGUUGCGUCUGCCAAAAAUGUAAUAUUAACAUUUUACAACUUAUAUUACAAGCAGAAGGAAUUGAAAACAGAGUACUGAU